AUGCUCCCGUCACGAUCCCUCUUCAGCUCAGCCCUCGGGCUGCUGGCCACCCUAUCAUGCAGCCCGGCGGCCCUCGUCUCGGCGCAGGUGCACACCGACUGCCAGCCGCUGAACCGGACCGACUGCCCGCCCGACCCGGCCUUCGGCAUGGACUUCAACUUCAACUUCAACGCGACGCCCAGCAAGAGCGCCUGGGAGACGACCGUGGGGCCCGUCGACUUUGACAAGGACAACGGCGCCAUCUUCACCAUCAAGAAGAAGGGCGACUCGCCCACCAUCCGCACAAAGUUCUACAUCUUCUUCGGCCGCAUCGAGAUGCACCUCAAGGUCGCCCCCGGCGUCGGCAUCAUCAGCUCCAUGAUGCUGCUGAGCGACUGCCUCGACGAGAUCGACUGGGAGUUCAUGGGCGGCAACGACACCCACGCCGAGACAAACUACUUCGGCAAGGGCGUCCAGGACUACCACAACGCCAUCUACCACCCGGUCGCCGGCGGCGUGCAGUCGACCUUCCGCAACUACACCACCCACUGGACCAAGGAUGCUCUCGACUUCUACAUUGACGGCAACAAGGUCCGGACCCUGCUGCCCAAGGACGCCAACAACACCUACUACUACCCCCAGACCCCGAUGCGGCUUUCGCUCGGUAUCUGGGCCGCCGGCGACCCGAGCCAGCCCAUCGGCGUCAAGGAGUGGGCCGGUGGAGAGACCGACUACAAGAAGGGACCCUUUACCAUGAUGGUGAAGAGCGCCCAGAUCACCGACUUCAGCUCCGGCAAGGAGUACUCGUACGGUGACAAGUCGGGCUCUUGGGAGAGCAUCAAGAUCGCCUCGGGCAACUCCACCGUCGCAGCGACCAUCAACGCGCCGCCUGAGAAGUCCAUCGCCGAGAAAUGGAAUGACCUUCCCCAGCUGAGCAAGACGGCCGUUUACGCGUCCGGCGCGGGUGUGGCCGCCAUCAUCGUCUCCGCUCUCCUGUACUACUUCAUCAGGCAGCGCAAGAUCGGCGCCAAAGAGGCCAAGCUCGCCGAGGAGAGGCAGCGCCAGGAGCGUCUGGAACUGGAGCAGUUCAAGAAGGCCGGCAUUGACCCCGACAGCUUCCGCGAGGAAGGCCAGGAGUACAAUGCCAAGGAGAUGCGCGAUGAAGGCAUGACCACUAGCAACGCGUACUCGAUUCCCGCCAGCCCCUCCAACGAGAAGGCUUGGGCGGCGGCGGGCGCCGCGGCCAGUAUCGGCGCGGGAGCGGGAGCCGGUGCAGCUGCUGCUUCGGGCAUGCGCAGCCCCGUGCCUCUGCUGGCCAAUGGUGCGCAGAGCCCCCGAGGGCAGAGUCCAGGCCCUUUCAACCAGGGCGGUUACGGCAUGGACCGGACCGGGUCCCCUGCGCCCGCGCACCCACCGCCAAACUUCCCUCUGCCCGCAACCCCUGCCAACAGGAGCUUCUCGACGCCCAACCCCGACAUGAGGCACGGCUCGCCCGCCCCGUCUGCCGGAGGCUACUCCGACAUGGGCAGGACUCAGAGCCCUCGGCCCAUGGCUCCGCCGCAGCGUAGCUUCACUUCAAACAGCUACGGCAACGGUGGCGGUGGAUAUGGCGGCGGAGGUCAGGGCUAUUCGGGCCACCAGCCUGGGUAUGGAGGCAAUGGCAACGACGGAUACUGGCGGUGA